GGCAGCACCUAUGGGAGGCCUGUAAUCUGCCAGCAACCUAUGACAAAAUGGAAAACCAGCAGGAGGAGUGUGAGGAGACCUGAAAGUGGCACAUGGCAGAGUGGAAACAGAGCAAUGGGGGAGGCGGUACAGGGACCCAUGACACACUGUGGACCCAGCAGCAGCGUGACCAGGCGGUACGGGGGCCCAUGGCAGAUUUGGGGCCUGGCAGCACCUAUGGGAGGCCUGUAAUCUGCCAGCAACCUAUGACAAAAUGGAAACCAGCAGGAGUGUGAGGAGACCUGAAAGUGGCACAUGGCAGAGUGUGAGCAAUGGGAGGCGGUACAGGGACCCAUGUCACACUGUGGACCCAGCAGCAGCGUGAC